AUGAGGCUUUCAAAGCGUGUCGCUCUUGUUUUUGCCCUCGCAGCAGGCAGCGUUACCGGUUAUAGCUUUCCUGAUUGUGAAGGCGGACCUCUAGCGAGCAAUGCAGUCUGCAACACUGCUCUUGACCCCAUUACGCGGGCAACUUCCUUGGUCGAGUUGUUCACUGUUCCAGAGCUGAUCAACAAUACUGUCAGCACGUCUCCUGGGGUUCCUCGUCUGGGUUUGCCAGCGUACCAGUGGUGGUCAGAAGCCUUGCACGGAGUAGCAGAUAGUCCAGGUGUUAACUUCUCGACGUCAGGCGAAUUCAGCUAUGCGACAUCGUUUCCCCAGCCAAUCCUUAUGGGUGCUGCGUUUGACGAUGAGUUGAUUAAAUCUGUUGGAAGCAUUGUGGGUAUGGAGGGACGUGCAUUCAAUAACUACGGGCGCGCGGGUCUAGACUUCUGGACACCAAAUAUUAAUCCGUUCAAAGACCCUCGAUGGGGCAGAGGACAGGAAACGCCUGGAGAAGACCCGUACCACCUUGCCCAAUACGUGUAUAACCUCGUGGUUGGCUUGCAAGGCGGUCUUGAUCCAGAGCCUUACUACCAGGUCAUUUCCACCUGCAAACACUUUGCGGGCUACGACCUCGAGGACUGGUAUGGCACUGUUCGAUAUGGCUUUAACGCAGUGAUCACUUCUCAAGAUCUCGCGGAAUACUACUUGCCCUCAUUCCAGAGUUGUUAUAGAGAUGCCAAAGUUGGCGCUGCCAUGUGCUCGUACAAUGCUGUUAAUGGCGUUCCUUCUUGCGCAAAUACGUAUUUACUUCAAGAUAUUCUCCGCGAUUUCUACGGCUUCGCACAAGACCGUUGGAUCACGAGUGAUUAUGCUGUCGAAAAUAUCUACUCUCCCCACAAUUAUGCAAUCCCUCAACAGGCUGUCGCAGACGCACUCAAGGCGGGAACUGACAUCGAUUGUGGCAGCUUCUACGCAGAAUGGUUGCCGACCGCAUACAACGAGUCUCUUAUCACAGAGACCGACCUACGCACGGCUCUGGUUCGUCAAUAUGCCUCGCUCGUCCGCCUCGGUUAUUUUGAUCCAGAAGAUCAGCAACCUUACAGAACAUACAACUGGAGUAACAUCAAUACUCCCCCCGCCCAACAACUUGCAUACCAAGCUGCUGUGGAAGGUAUCGUUCUCUUGAAGAACGACGGUACUCUGCCGCUCUCAAGCAGCAUCAACAAUAUCGCUUUGAUCGGCCCGUGGGCAAAUGCAACAGCUCAGAUGCAGGGCAACUACUUCGGUGUUGCUCCCUAUCUCAUUAGCCCCGUCAUGGGCGCGAUGGGUGAUGGCUAUAACAUUACCUACGUGUUGGGCACCAACAUUACAUCUAACGACACGAGUGGAUUCGCUGCUGCUGUUGCGGCUGCAAAGGAGGCAGACGCCGUCAUCUACGCUGGGGGUAUUGAUACCACCGUCGAGGCCGAGGCCCUGGAUCGCUACGCGAUUACUUGGCCCGGCAACCAGCUCGACCUUAUUGCUGAGCUUCAGGUGAUAGGCAAGCCUUUGGUCGUGGUGCAAUUUGGCGGCGGACAACUCGAUGACUCCGUUCUCAAGGGCAAUGCUUCUGUCAAUGCUCUCGUUUGGGCAGGAUAUCCAGGCCAGAGUGGUGGAAAAGCUGUUUUUGACAUCCUCAAUGGCAAGGUUGCGCCUGCUGGGCGCCUUCCUAUCACGCAGUACCCGGCAAACUAUGUCAACGAGAUCCCCAUGACGGAUAUGGACCUCCGUCCCAACUCAACGAGUCCGGGCCGUACCUAUAUCUGGUACACCGACAUGCCUGUCUACGAAUUCGGAUAUGGCGAGCACUAUACUACAUUUUCUUACAAAUGGGUGCAAGCUCCUGCAACGUCGUACAGCAUCCAAGCUCUCGUUGAUGGAGGGCAGUAUGCUGCAUACUUGGACGUCGCACCGUUUGCUACGCUCGCUGUCAGUGUAAUGAAUACCGGAAACAGGACAUCUGACUAUGUUUCCCUUCUUUUCGCCAGUGGCACGUAUGGAAAUGCUCCCUACCCUAACAAGGUUCUUGUCAGCUACGCUCGUUCUCACAGCAUUGCGCCGGGCACCACUGCAACAGCUGAAUUACCGAUCGCACUUGGCAAUCUCGCAAGAGCAGAUACCAAUGGCAACUUCUGGCUCUAUCCGGGCACUUAUGAGCUUGUGCUCGACACUAAUGGAGUUUUGACCUCCAAAUUCGAAUUGACGGGAAAUGCUUCACAGCUCACUUCCUUCCCCCAAAACACCAUGACUUCAUGA